UCGACGAGGAAGAGACAGACGGAAAGAUAGGAAGAACAGAGUAAGGAAACGAAAUACCUCAACUUUUCUCUUCUUACUUCAUCUCUUUUCCCCUCAUCAUCAUCUUCUCAUUCUCAGUCCAUAUCCACACUUAUCUACUCAUACCCAUAUAACAUAUAUUGAGCCCCUCAAAAUAGUGAUUUUCGCCGAUGGACGACAAUGUUGUUCACAUCCAAAACUUUCUACCAUCCGUUAGACGCUCCUCCUUAUCCUUCUGACAAUAUCAGUGCCAACGCCAGCGAGGACGAAGAUGAAAUCAACUCUCAAUCUUCAGCCCCCGCUUUUCUACCCAACGUGCAUCAACACCGGAGGACCAGACCUAACAUCGAUAUCGGUGAAACAGCAGAGGAUAUCGUCCCUCGACCCGAAUCUGCGCCGGCACUGAUAGGGACCAGUGUUAGCCGAAAGGAUGAAGAAGAGGAGGUGGAUAGAUCUUCGAGCAUAGGCCUAGCACCUCAAACCCAACCCAAAGGUCCAGCCAUCAGCCCUUUCACCUGCGUCUUCUCCAGCAACGCCAGCGCCACAAAUCAGCCGUCCAAGGAGCCCCAACCUGGAAAAACGAAACAAUUGAAAAAGUUGAUUGCGACAUACAAGAAAAAGGCAAUGCGCGAGCUGGAGGAACAAAGGUCAUCACAACAAGACGGAGGGGUGAGCAUCCAACCAUCGUUUUCUGGAAAGGGGCAUCUCCAUACCGGCGCCGCGUGGAAAAUGGGAAACUCGACAAAGGCGACGAAGACGAUCAAGGGAACAAUGGGCCCGGCCUUCCCGCAAGUGGAGGAGAGGUUAGUCGAUAAGGAAGAGGUCCAGUUUGAUGAGAAAGAAGAAAAGCUAGAUGAGCCAAGAAAACGGCCCAUAAAUAAAGGAAAUAGGACAGAGUCGGUUCUUGAAGAGCCCAAAGCUAACGCAUUAAUCUCCAAACCCCUACACAAUAAGGCUCUUUCGAGCGAUUUGUCACAACCUCAUGAGUCUAAUAGCAACGUAGAAGGCAACGGCACCGGCGAGAGGCUGGACACACUCGCUCAAGUGGCCACAGACACCUCAACACUCAAUCUCAGCAUUGAAUUCAUUCCGGAAGACACAUCAAGUACCAUGUCUGGCGGGGUUGACGAUAAAAAGGACGAUUCGCCAUGUUUGAAAACUGAUGAGUCUCCAACCCUCGGAAAGCCCGAGGAGGAUAUAACUGAAAAGGAUGAUACCACAACUCCAUCGAGCCCCCAUGAUGAGUGGAAAAUCGAGAGCCAAAAAUCAACGGAACCAGUUUUACCACAGGCAUCUAAAAAGUCUAAAGGCCAAAGACGGCGAGAAGCAGCAAGAGCCAAAAAGAUUGCAGAGGAAGCUGAACAUGAAAAAGGGAAAUUGAUACCUGAAUUCCAGUUGCGACAACGACCGCCUGACCAAGUAGCCCAGGUGGUGUACAAGAAUGGCAUCCCGGGAGUCCCAUUCUAUCGCGCCGAAGUCGUCCCAGGUCGGACACACAAACAACUGUUCGCAAACCGCUUCAUUCCCCGAGGCAAAACAUUCCUCUGGGAACCUCCCCUCAUCACUCUCAGUGGUGGUUUCACCACCAAAGAAGCAGAGGAAGUCUACGCUAGCUGUACACCUGAUAUCAAGACCAGGAUCAAUGCACUUGCGAAUGCUAGGCCCGAAAUGGGGCUCUAUGGUCGGAUGAGCACGAAUAGGAUACCGCUAGGUGACAUGGGCAGGGUGGGGGUUUUUGAGAAGAUACCCCAAGUGGCAUAUUCUUGUGAGGCGAAUGUCAGGUUUUUAUGGGCUCAAGACCGUUUUCUGGGCUUCCUUGUCGCGCUAGUUGAUAUCCCCGAAGGCCAAAAACUCUCUGUCCGACUGGAAUACGCCUUCCACCCUUCCGCCAUCCGCCGGGAAAAGAUAUCCCAAAUUAACGCUACUCCAUGCACCUGCCGUCUCUGCUCCUUACCUCCUCUGUCCCGCCGCUAUUCCGACGAAAAUCGACUGACCUACCACCGUCUACUCGCCUCUUACCCCAUCAUUUCCUCUUCCGAACCCCUCUCCGCCCUCUUCCAGAUUGAGAGAACCAUCGAGCUCAUCACUCUUGAAGGCUUGUGGGAAGCGCUCUUCGAUAGGUUUGUAGAUGGUUUCGAGAUCUGUGUAAGGUGGGCGGAUGCCAAGUCGGCGGCGGAAUGGGCAGAAGCAGCGAGAGAUGCUGCGAUGCUUUGUCAAGGCGAUUUAUUUGGUGAUAGUGAGUUCAAAGAGAGGUUUACGCGGGAUCCAGAGCUGUAUGACGGUUGGAGCAAGUUUGGGAGGACCAAACUCCGCGGUCCGACGGAAGCCAUUCUCAAAGCGGCUAUGGGCGACUAUGAUUUCGAAACCGCUCAGAUACAAGCCCGUGCCGAUCGAGCCGCUCGACGAGCUCAUAUAGCAGCCAUGUCGUCUCAUGUCCAGUCAUCCUCCUCGAACUUCCCUAAACAACCGCUUAUAAAUAAUACUCUACCUAUCGACGCUCUUGUGGCUGCUAUCGAAGGUAAAGGUGAAGGCGAGGAAGGAGAAGGUAGGGAAGGACAGGGGGUAACGAAAUGGAAGAAAGUCUCGAAGAAGUGAGGGAAAACCCGUUGUUUGUGUCGCAGAGAUAUGGAGGGGGUCGGAAAGCUUGAAGGUCAAGCUUCUUUGCUGGCGUGUCAAAAAGUCACGAGGCAAACAACCCUGCUCAAACGGACAACGCAAAAAUAUCAAUAAGGGGGUACGGUAUCCCUAGGACAUUGGAACACUCUCAUUAUCCACUAUAGUGUAACCUAUACCUUCUCGUUAAUAUGUUAGUUGAAUCAGCAUGUUACAUAUUUCUGAAUCAGCAAUAAUGC